CAGGAGCCGGCCCGGAGCAGCGCGGGGGAAGCGGCCUUUGGGCAGAACCAAGUUUCAAUUUCGUCUGUGUCACGCUGAGCCAUCAGUCGGACCCGUCCGGGCUCCCGAUGCACCGCGGCUGCCCUCCUUCCUCUCAUCAUUCAGAGAUCGGCGAGCUCCCAUCUGGCUGGAGGCCGUGAGUCGCCAUGAACCCGCACCCUCGCCGCGUCCGCCUGAAGCCCUGGCUGGUCGCCCAAGUGAACAGCAACCAGUACCCGGGGCUGCAGUGGGUGAACGCCGAGCGCAAGCUGUUCUGCAUCCCCUGGCGCCACGCCACGCGGCACAUCCCCACGCAGGAGGACGAGAACACCAUCUUCAAGGCUUGGGCCAAGGAGACGGGCAAGUACACCGAAGGGGUGGACGAGCCGGACCCGGCCAAGUGGAAGGCCAACCUGCGCUGCGCCCUCAACAAGAGCCGGGAGUUCAACCUGAUCUAUGAUGGCACCAAGGACACCCCCAUGCAGCCCUACAAGAUCUACGAGGUGUGCGAGCUGCAGCAGCCCAACGGAGGUACCGCGACGGGGGGGUCCCCACCAUAUAGCGGCUGGGGGCAAGAUGAGGACGAGGACGAGGAGCUGCAGAAGAUGACAGCGCUGACGAUAGCGGUGACGGACCUGGAGAUCAAGUUCCAGUACCGGGGCCGGCCGGUGUGGUCCCUGACCAUCAGCAACCCGCACGGCUGCCGCCUCUUCUACAGCAACCUGGAGCCCACGCAGGAGCAGGUGGAGCUGUUCGGGCCGGUGACGCUGGAGCAGGUGCGUUUCCCCAACACCGACCACAUCCCCAACGAGAAGCAGCGCUUCUACACCCACCAGCUGCUGGACGUCCUGGACCGGGGCCUCAUCCUGGAGCUGCAGGGCCAGGACAUCUACGCCAUCCGGCUCUGCCAGUGCAAGGUCUUCUGGACGGGGCCUUGCGCUGCCGAGGGCACCGGCCCCAACCCCAUCGAGCGCGAGAAGAAGACCAAGCUCUUCAGCCUGGAGAACUUCCUCAACGGCCUCAUCCUGUUCCAGAAGGGGCAGACGCCCACGCCGCCCCCCUUCGAAAUCUUCUUCUGCUUCGGCGAGGAGUGGCCCGACCAGAAGCCCAAGGAGAAGAAGCUCAUCACUGUCCAGGUGGUGCCAGUGGCCGCGCGGCUCCUGCUGGAGAUGUUUUCCGGGGAGCUGUCUUGGUCGGCCGACAGCAUCCGCCUGCAGAUCUCGCACCCGGACCUCAAGGACAAGAUGGUGGAGCAGUUCAAGGAGCUGCACCAGAUCUGGCAGAAUCAACAGGGCCUGCAGGGGCCCCCGGCAGCCCACGCCGGGCCCAGCCUGGAGCCGGGCGCGGGCGUGUGGCCCAUGCAGCAGUGAUUGAGCGGGCACAGCCCAGGAGUGUCCUGCUGGGCGAGCCAGACACAGCACGAGACGCUGCUUUGCUGGCCAUGGGGCUGGCCAGCUCCGGACUGCGAAGGGGGCAGCGGCUGGGGGCCCCGGGACUGGGUCCUGCCCCGUCUCCAACCCCUGGGGAGCAGUCGGAGGUUGCAUGGCCCCGGAAGCAUCUCCGUGCCGAGCUUUGCGGUGGCGAUUUCCAAGGCAGGGCCUGGGCCAGAGCCCAGGGGAGCCACAGCCCGUCCUCAAUCCAAGGUUCCUGCCACAUGCAGCGCGGAGCAGGAGAGAUGGGCGCAGCUUACGUCGAAAACACUGCACCCGGCUACAGCCCAGCCCAGGUUCUCGGUUGGCUGGGCAGGCGGAUGCACCUGCGGCACCGGGCCAGGCUCCUGCUGGCCGGGGGGUGGGGGACAGACUUUGGGGAUGUGUGGGGCUCUCCAGUGGCUUCCUGGCAGACUAGCCCUGCUGGGCCGGGUGCUGUGUUGGGCACAGGAGUUGCUGAUGCCAUCUCCAGGGGCGGUGAUAAUAAAGCAACCCCUUGUGUACAUGGA